AAUUCGGAUGUGAAACGGUAAGGAUAGAGGUAAAGAUUGUUUGGGCAUCAGCUAUCCAGCUGAGCUCUAGCUUGCAGCUGGGCGUAAAGCCAAAGCAAGUAGUGGUUUGUUAUAAAAAUUGUUAUCUUCUACUAGUCUAUAGUAUCAAUUUAUUUUUUUAAUUAAUGUUAAACAAACGAAAUUCUAAACGCAACAAUUUUGAUAUUGAGUGCCAUUAUUGAAUCGUACCUGCUGGUCGUUGCUUAUGCUUGGGGACUGGCUUGUCACUUUCUGUAAAUUUUGCAGCGUUUGACUGGCCACAAAGGCCUAAUUACGGCUUUGCCGUUUUUCAUUAAUUCGAGUCCAUUUCAGUUUUGCUAUCUAGACAGGGUGUCUAUAAUUUUAUCAUGCCAGAAUCGGUAACUCCGGUAAAACAGGGUGUUUAUCUGAAUGAAUCUGUCGCUGUUAAUCAUGUUACAUCAACUUCAAGAGAACACGAAUCGAGUUUUAACCAUAAUCGAGACCACGCAACUAUGCCGAAUUUGCUUCCAGUUCCAGGAACAGAAAACACGUCAGAGACUGCAACCUCGGACUUUCUCCCAGCUAACACCAAGAAUGGCCAUGUCAGCAGUGAGCCAGAACCCAUUCCCAUACAGCAAGGAGAACGAAAGAAAAGGAGAAAGAAGAAGAGAAGGGAACCAAGUUUGGCAGCCAGCACUUUUGAAGAUCUGUACAGACUGACAGGAGAAAUACUUGGAGAGGGAGCAUAUGCUUCAGUUAGAACAUGUAUUAACCUUUAUACAGGGAAUGAAUAUGCUGUUAAGAUCAUUGAAAAAGAACCUAGCCACAGUCGGGCUCGAGUAUUCCGAGAGAUAGAAACAUUCCACCACUGCCAGGGGCAAAAGAACAUUAUCCAACUUAUUGAAUUUUUUGAGGAGGAAGACAGGUUUUAUUUGGUUUUUGAAAAAAUAUGUGGAGGCCCACUUUUAGCUCAUAUUGAGAAACGGGUCCAUUUCACAGAGAAUGAAGUUAGUAUUAUUAUCAGGGACAUUGCUGAAGCUUUGAAGUUUUUACACAAAAAAGGCAUAGCACACAGAGAUCUAAAGCCAGAGAACAUUUUAUGCUUCAGUGAAGAUCAAGUCUAUCCAGUCAAAAUUUGUGAUUUUGACUUGAGUAGUGGGAUCAUCUUUGGUAGCACAACUCCAGUCAGCACUCCUGAGCUCUUGACUCCAGUUGGCUCAGCUGAAUUCAUGGCACCAGAAGUAGUGGAAGCCUUUACUGGUGAGGCCACCACGUACGACAAACGUUGUGACUUGUGGAGUCUUGGUGUGAUCAUGUACAUACUGUUGUGUGGUUAUCCUCCUUUUUAUGGACGUUGUGGGAGUGAUUGUGGAUGGGAACAUGGCGAAUUUUGUGAAGCUUGUCAGGACAUGUUGUUCACAUGCAUUCAAGAAGGAAUGUAUGAUUUUUGUGAACGAGAGUGGUCUUCAAUUUCUGAGGAAGCUAAAGAUUUGAUACGCCAUUUGUUAGUUAAGGAUGCUAGCCAGCGUUAUACUGCAGAGACUGUAUUGAGUCAUCCAUGGGUCAAACAUGGUGGACCAACAAUCUUUUUGAACACACCAAACAUUCUCAGGAAGAACAAAAGUGCACGAGACCUAGCAGCUUUUACGGAAAGUGCUAAUGCUGUGAAACGGAUGGUGGUACACCAUGUCACUUUCAGUAUGGAAAUGAUUAGGCCACCUUGUUGGGAAGAUGAUGAAAAUUUUAUUGAAACUUCAUCUCCACCAAUGGAUGAGUCACCACCACCACCACACAUUUUUAAACUGUCACCUCCAAAUGAUUCAAAAUUAGCCCAACGCCGUUUACGAAACUUGAGUUUAAGACAAGCUGUGGAAUCAGUUGUUGUGAGUUGAUUAUUUAGUUUUAAACUUUUUUCUCCCUGGACAUACAUGGUGAAGUGUUUAGUUGGAUCAUUAAGUCAUUCUGUGGUACUACUUUACUUGAACAGGAGUUUUUAAUUUUAAUAAUAUUCACAAAAGAAAGCUUUUAACUAGAGGAACUUUUUGUAUAAACUCUGUAGUCUUCACUGGUAUAUAGCUGCCCCUUUGCUGUGUGCUUCUUAGCAAUUGUACUUUUAACUAUUUGACAACAGAUUAUAAGUAAUACUAAUAUUUCAUUGUUAUUCUUCAGUAUGGCCAGCUCAAGAAUGAUAUUCCUGGACACUUGUGAUAACUUUUAUCAAGUUUAAGUGUGUCAAAAUGUCAGUCUUGAGCUAGUCCUGCCAAAGUAAACAAUGAAUUGCUACCUGUAAAAAUCUUAAAUACUCUUAUCACACUGUUAUAAAAGCCUUUUUCCCAAGAGACCGAGAAGUGUAUUUACUUUCAUAAUAAAGUUACAAAUCCAUCUUGAACUUGGUAAGGUUCUUUGUUCCCACUUGACUGAAGAGAAAUAUCAAUAUAUCUUGCUCCUCAGUUACAGUAUUGGUGGCUUUCUGAUACCCUAACAUGUAGAAAACAAUUUUUUUUCUUUUUUUGGGGCUUAUUUAACCUCUACAAUUUCUACAUCGAUGUUGUUAAUGAUAUUUUAUCAUUUUUAGAGGAACUGUAUUUUUCCCAGAAAGACUAUUCAGUGUAAUGUAUGUAACUAUGUAAUUUCACUAUAUUUCUGAACAUGGUUGUAGCAAAUGACUUAUUUUCUUUUAACAGUUAAAAAAACAAAACAAAAAAAACUUACACCUUUGUGCAUAUUAUUAGAUUCUAUAACCAUUUGUUAUUGGGAUGUUUUUAAAUAUGAAAAUUAAUUAUUUUAGAUAGUAGACUUUACUGAAGGUCUGUAAUUUUCCUUUCUGCUAUUUUGGAAACCAAAAUGAUAGCUGACAUUGCAUGAACAGCAACUUGAGUACCUUUUCAGAAAUACGUUCGUUAGUUUCAAAACAUUACAUGACAACUUAAGAAUUGCAUUUUAAACUAUUGUAACUUUAAAUGUGAAUUACUUGGACUUAAGAUUUUGCUUCUGCAGUCAUUGCCAUUAAACAUUUAGUUAAAUUUUGAUAUUUAAGUUAGUUUUCAUGAAUGCACAUAUAUUUUAAUGUUUUACCACUUUUAUUUAGUUCAGUGUUUUUCCUUAAAAAUGCAACUUAAUUACAGUUAAAAUGUUCCUGCAGUGUUCAUUAUAUAAUAACUUUCCUCUUCAUCAUUCCUUGAAUUUGUUAAUAAAAAUACAACAAAAAUUAAUAAAAAAAAAAAAAGUUAUACAAAAAUGUGGUUCAUUUGAUUCAGUAUUUAGAUUAUGUAAGAAUAAAAAUGUGAUGAAAUUAUGGAAGUUUACGUUAGUAAAGACAGAAUGACAGAUUUUAAAAAAUUCCGUCCAGUCUGAAAGAAAUAACUUCUUGUAAAACUUGAUUUUCCCCAGCUUGGUGUUUGUUUAGUACUAUCAAUAAUGUACCUGUAUGCUCAAAAUGCUCUACAAAGAGACCAUAAUGAAUGAAUUGUCUAUUGGGUUUGUGAAGAGAACUUGGUGAUUGAAUUAUUUGGAUUAUUCCCUCUGGCAGAUUAGAACUUUUUCUAAUUUUGUUUGAAUUACUACAAGUAAAGUAGUCUGAAGUUUUGGAACAUAUUUACAAUUAAAGAAAAAAAAAAAAUUGUAGAAAAGGAAAUAACCUGGUUGUUAAAAUGUCUAUAUAUUACAGAUAAAAAUUUGGAUGCACCCAAUGUACAUCAGUAGGAAAAAUAAAAAUAAAGAAUGAGA